CAAAGGACCUCUCAGUCUCUACAAGUUAAUGAGGGAUGUAGCAGAGACCCUGAAGCCCUCAGACCCCGACAGCUGCACACAGGAAGACGACUGCCAGACGGAGAUACAGACAGAAAAAGAUAUAUACGCACUGAGACUGAGAUGACGUGGCGUGAGUUACGGAGUCGGCAGUUCUGGCGAGCCGUGCUGGCAGAGCUGCUCGGCACCCUGGUGUUAGUGAGUACCGUGCUGGGUUCCUCUAUGCCAGGCCCUGGAGAGGCCCCCGUGGGAACCAUGUACCCAGCUGUGGCCGUGGGGGUGGUGAUUGUUGCACUAGGACACUGUUUUGGAGAAAUAAGUGGAGCACAGGUGAACCCCACAGUGACUCUGUCUCUGUUGGCCACUCGAAAGGUGGAUCUCCUCAAGGCCCUUUUUUACGUCGCUGUGCAGUGUUUAGGUGCCUCUUUAGCAGCCGGGGCUCUUUACUUGGCCCUGCCGCUGAAAACUCCUGCAGACCACUUUGUCAACAGGGUGCCCAUAGAGUCGAAUGCAGCCCAGGCUCUGGGCAUCGAGGUUCUGUGCGCUUUCCAGAUGGUGUUCACCAUAUUCUCAGUGGAAGACCAACGACGAAGGGAGUGCACAGAGCCAGGAAACUUAGCCAUCGGAUUAGCUCACACUGCUUCAGUGUUAUUAGGGGGCCGCUUCUCUGGCGCGUGUAUGAAUCCUGCACGUGCUCUGGGUCCUGCCAUCAUCACUGGAUUUUGGGAAAACCACUGGGUCUUUUGGAUUGGACCCGUGCUUGGUGGUGUCCUGGCCGGAGUGUCCCACGAGUUCUUCUUCGCACGCAGCGCCUCUCGCCAGAAGCUGGUGGCGUGUCUGACCUGCAAGGACAUCGAGAUCGUGGAGACGGCCAGUAUGACGGGAUCGUCGCUGUCCACGGUCACGCAGAACGCCAUGAGAGCCAAACAGGCCAACAAACAAGACAACAACUAGAGGACACAAACAUAGAAUCACACACACCCUCUCUGCAACGUCACUGUGAUUUUGUGAGUCUGCAUAGUGAACAGUUAAAGCUGCUGUCAGUGAUUUUGACACAAAGGACCACCUCUGUGUGUGGUGGGAUAGUGGAAACUCUAGAUUUAAGGCCUUUGCACGCCGGACAUGUUUUUUUCAUGCAAAUUAUUUUAUAUUAAAAAACUAUAAAACAAUUACAAAAAGUUCACUCAGUAGUUGUGCGUGUGAAGCCCGCUCUUAUUCCUUUCUUCACAUCCUGCUUGAUGUGCAUGUAAGUUACGACUCUCCCUCCUCUUAAUUAAUUUGCCUCUGAAUUACCCAUAUGUUCAUAACGUGCCCGGUGUGCAAAGACUUUUACUGCUAGAGCCUGAGCCUGAGGCCUUAUCCACACGGAAACAGAACUUUCCCCAAUAAAAUCGUUUUCUUUUUUGCUCUAAAAUUAAUUAUUUUAACACCCGAAACCCCCAAAUCAUCACUGUAGUGCAUAUGCCAGGCCUGUAUGUGGCGCUCUAUGCCUGCCACAGAUGUACGCCAACGAUUUGGAAGAGCAUAAAUCAUAAAUCACAAACUCCAAACACAAGAAGAACAAAAAGAAAAAGAAGACAUUGAUGAUGGUGAUGGUGACUGCAAAUGCAAGAGCAGGAGAUGCUAUAGCCUCAAAGUUGUCAUCAUCAGUCAUCAUCUACCGCUUUAUCCUCCACCAGAGGG